AGUCGCACGGGGGGGGGGGAUGAGGGAUUGGGAGGCACAGGAGGGGGGGCUCUGGGUGAUGCUGGGCUGGACUGGGCCAUACUGGGCUGUGCUGGGCCAAACAGGGCUGGACUGGGCGGUGCUGGGGCUAUAUUGGCUUGUACUGGGCCUUACUGGGCUGUGUUGUCCUGUACUGGGAUGUACUGGGCCAUACUGGUCUGUACUGGGCUAUAUUGGGAUGUACUGGGUCAUACUGGGCUGUGCUGUCAUGCAGUGGCCUGUACUGGGCCAUACUGGGCUGUACUGGGCCGUACUGGGCCAGGCUGCCCUGUAGUGGCCUGGACUGAGCCGUGCUGGAAUGUACUGGGCCAUACUGGGCUGGGCUGUCCUGGGUCUGUAUUUGGUCUGUAUUGGUACAUACUGGUCUGUACUGGGUUGUGACAUGUCUGUGGUAGUGGGUACUGGGCCACACUGGGCCAUGCUGGGCUGUACUGGGCCACACUGGGCCACACUGGGCCACACUGGGCUGUUGGGCUGUACUGGGAUGUAGUGGACUAUACUGGGAUGUACUGGGCCUGUACUGGGAUAUGCUGAGUCUUACUGGGUCGUGCUGGACCAUACUGGUCUGGACUGGGUCUGGACUGGGCUGUGCUGCCCCAUACUGGUCUGUACUGGUCCAUACUUGGCCAUGAACUCCUCUGCUCGUCCAUACUGGGCCAUGCCGGGUUCUACAGGGCCACACUGGGACAUGCUGAGUGUUACUGGGUUGUGCUGGAUCAUACUGGGCCGUACUGGGUCAUACUGGGCCGUACUGGGUCAUACUGGGCCAUCCUUGGCCCUACUGGGCUGUGAUGGCCUGUACUGGCUUUUACUGGGCUGUACUGGUUUGUACUGGUCCAUGCUGGGCUGUGCAGUCUGUACAGGCUCCCAUUGGGCUAUACUGGGUUGUACUGGGCCAUACUGGGCUGUGCUGGAAGGUACUGGGCCGUACUGGGUCAUACUGGGCCGUGCUGGGCCUCAUUAAACCAUAGAUGGGUAAUGGAUGCUCCAGAGUAUGAGCAGCAGAUACCGGUCUGGACUGGGCCAUACUGGGGUGUGUGGAGCCGUACUGGGCUGUUCUGGGCUGUACUGGGCCAUGCUGGGCUGUGUGCUGCUGUACUGGUCUGUACUGGUGGAUAGAUAUGGGUCUGUACUGGUCUGUACUGGUCUGUAUUGGUCCGUACUGGCCCCUCCCCUGUCCCCACAGCCCCGCGGCGACGCCCAGACGGGACCAACAUGGAGCCCUGAGACGAGGCGCCGCCGUGGGAUGGCGAAGCUGCUGGUGCCGCUGGUGGUGCUGGGGGCGGUGGCGGGCGGGGCCCCCCCGGCCGCCCCCCGGUGCCCCCCGCGCUGCCUGUGCCCGGCGGCGGCGCCGAGCCCGACGCUGCUCUGCGCCCGCACGGGGCUGCUGGCGGUGCCGCCCAGCCUGGACCGCGGGGCCGUGGAGCUGCGCUUGGCCGACAACUUCAUCGGCGCCGUGGGCCGCGCCGACUUCGCCAACAUGAGCUCGCUGGUGCACCUGACGCUGUCGCGGAACGGGCUGCGCCGCCUGGCCCCCGGCGCCUUCGCCGACCUGCGCGCCCUGCGCGCGCUGCACCUCGACGGCAACCGGCUGCCGGCGCUCAGCGGGCCCCAGCUCCGCGGGCUGGCCAGCCUGCGCCACCUCAUCCUGGCCAACAACCAGCUGGCCGCCAUCGACGCCGCCGCCUUCGCCGCCUUUGCCGCCACCGUGGAGGACCUGGACCUGUCGCACAACAACCUGCCGGCGCUGCCCUGGGACGCCGUGGCCGCCAUGGCCAGCCUGGCCACGCUCACGCUGGACCACAACCUGCUGGAGCGGGUGCCGGCGGGCGCCGUGGCGCGGCUGCCGCGGCUGGCGCGGCUCGACCUCACGGCCAACCGGCUGCGGGCGCUGCCGCCCGUGCCGGGCCCGCCGGGGCCGGCGCUGGCGGCCGGGGGGAACCCCUUGCACUGCAACUGCGAGCUGCUGUGGCUGCGGCGCGUGGCGCAGCCGGGGCGCCUGGAGACCUGCGCCACGCCGGCGCCGCUGGCCGGGCGGCUGCUGGGCGCCGUGCCCGAGGAGGAGCUCACGUGCCGGGCCCCCGCCGUCACCGCCGCGGCCGCCCACCCGCCCGCCGUCACCGAGGGGCAGCCGCUGCGCCUGGGCUGCGCCGCCGUCGGGGACCCCCCGCCCGCGCUGCACUGGCUGGGCCCCGACGGGCGCGUGGUGCACAACGGCUCCCGGCGCUCCGUGGGCGCCGACGGCUCCCUGGAGCUGCGCGUGGCCACCCUGCGCGACCACGGCGGCUUCACCUGCGUGGCCGCCAACGCCGCGGGAGAGGCGGCCGCGCGCGUCGACGUCGUGGUGGUGCCGCUGCCGGUGCCGCGCAGGGACCGGGACGGAGACGACCCCGAGCCCGGGCCCGGCCCCUCUGACAUGGCCAGGGCGGGGGGCAACGAGACCUUUGGGGGGGCGGGGCCCGGGGAGCGGCGGGUGGUGGCGGCCGAGGUGACCGGGUCCUCGGCGCGCAUCCGGUGGCUCCCCCAGCGCCACGUGCCCGGAGUCCGGAUGGUGCAGAUCCAGUACAACAGCUCCGCCGACGACGCCCUCGUCUACAGGCUGCUGCCCCCCUCCACCCGCACCUUCGUGCUGCGGGACUUGGCCCCGGGGCGCCUCUACGAGCUCUGCGUGUCCGCGCUGCACGUGGCCGGGGACCCCCCCGCCGCCCCCCGCCCCCUCGGCUGCGUCUCCUUCGCCACUGCCGCCGCCCCCCCGGGCUGCGCCGCCCCCCCCCGGCCCCACUUCUUGGGGGGCACCGUCAUCAUCGUCAUCGGCGCCGCCAUCGCCGCCUCCGUGCUCGUCUUCAUCCUCAUCCUCACGGCGCGCUGGAAGGCGGCGGGGGCGCGGCGACCCCCGCCCGCGCUCACCAGCGUCUGCUCCCAGACCAACGGCGGCCCCCGGCCCGCGGAGCCCCUCGAGCUGCCCCCGCUGCCCCCCCUGCCGCCCGGGCCCGGGGGGGCGCUCGGGGAGGGCCCCGGAGGGGGUCCCGGGCUGGGAGGGUCCCGGGGGCUGUUCCCCAGCCACAGUUACCCCCGGCGGGCGCGCCCCCGACGCCACGGAUCCCUCCCGCGGCUGGACGCGCCCGAGGGGACCCCCCUGGGACCCCUGCGCCCCUCCUUCGGCAGCACCCACUGGAUGCUGGAGAGCACCGUGUGACCGGGGGGGGGCGGUGGGACCUCCGCCCCCCGCCGGGACCCCCCCGCCCCUCCUUCGGCAGCGCCCACCGGCUGGGGGGGGCGGGGGGAAAAGGGGGCUCUGGGGGUGCUGCGGGGGGAACCCGGGGUGUCCCGGUGCAGCUCUGGGUGCUCCUGGGGACCCCCGGGUGGUCCCGGGUGACCAAGUGCGCCCCUGGGUGCUCGUAGGGACCCUGGGGGCGGUCCUGGGGACCCCUCAGGUGCUCCUGGGAGCCCCAACGGCCCCCCCCCCCCGGUGCCCGGAGCACCCCUGGGCGCACGAACGCAGCCCCGCCCCCCCCGGGGACCCCGUGUGCCAUCGGGCCCCCCCAGGUGUCCCCUGGACCCCCCCCGCCCUGGGGGCACCUGUAUGCAACCCUGACCCCCCCGUGGGCACCCGGGGGCGGGGACCCACACCUGGGGCUUGUGUUCGCCCUGACACGCAAGGGGGGGUGUCCGGAAACGUACCCCCCCCCCAAGCCCGGGGCAGGACACCCCCCCGGAGAGUCUGUGACACGCGUGUGCCCCCCCGCCCCACGCAGGACACGCACCUGGGACUUGUGUGUGCGCCCCAAAAUGUGUGUGCCCCCUCAAGACACGCGUGGGGGGGUCUCCCCCCGGAACUCGCGUGUGCCCCCCCCUCCCCGCCACGCCUUGCCCGGCGCGCCCCCCCCGCGGUGCCUUCGGCCGGGCCGGCGGGGCCGGGGGGGCCCCGCGCACGCCACUGACAUGUCUGCACAGAUGACACGAGACCUGCAGCCCCCCAAACCCCCCGGGGAGGGGGCCAAAGGCGGGGGGGCUCCCAGGAGGCCUGGGCCCCCUCCCCCGUGUGUCCCUUUCCCCCCCCCGUGGCCUCCGAAUCCCCCAACUCGGCCCGGGGGCUCCUAUCUGGCUGGUCUGGAUAACCCGGGGGGGCUCCCCCAGCCCCCCCAUGCCCAUUUCUCCCCCUCCCCGCCGCCUCAACCCUCCCCCCCGUUUGCCCCUC